AUUAUUGAGUGAGCAAGGAAAAAAAAUCAAAAAAUUGGAUCAAGAGAGAAUAAACAACAAAAACCAGAAUUCAACUGUACAGUCUGCCGGAACCUGCCGGCGAAGAUGGGGAUGGAGGAUGAAGAAGAGUGUGAAGCGUCGGAAACCCAGGAAUCUGAGGACGGAGGCCUGCGGCGGAAGAGGGCGGCGUCCAAGAAGAAGAAGAGCAAGAAGAGCAGUUGUAAGAGGUUCAGCAAUGAGCAAGUGAAGUCACUGGAGACCAUUUUCAGGCUGGAAACAAAGCUGGAGACGAAGAAGAAGCUGCAAGUGGCCAGAGAUUUGGGGCUGCAACCUCGUCAAGUAGCGAUAUGGUUUCAGAACAAAAGGGCGAGGUGGAAAUCCAAGCAAGUUGAGCACGAUUUCACAGUCCUCAAAGCCAAAUUCGACCACCUCAUUCUGCAGUUUGAUGCUCUUAAGAAAGAAAACGAGGCUUUGCAUAUGCAGGCGGAGAAACUAAGAUGGGAGCUCGAGAGGAGCGGAGCAGGGCAUAGAAAAAGGCAAGAUACACAAGGCACGGAGAGGAGGUAUACUGAUUCAGACAACACAAAAGGCGAUUUUGAGCAUCUGGUGUGCUUAAGUCGAGGAACAAGUCAUGAAUUUCCAGCAGAGGAUAUGAAUAACCACAUGCAGGAGGUGGACGAAGAAGCGGAGUUCUUGAAUCUGGAGGAGCUAGGCGGCGGCGCCCCAUUUGCGUCACCUGAUCAUUGGUGCGGCAGUCGCAGUCGAAGCAGCUUAAACAGCCCCUUGGACGACUCGUCGGGUGGGCGUGAGCCUUCGGAAUGGUGGGAGUUUUGAGCUUUUAAGUUCAUUCGAUCAGCUAGCUAGAGCUUCUGGAAAGUAAUUAGCUUAAUACACACUCACACUGCGAGUCUGCGAUCGUACCAGCUGGGCUCUAUUCUGUUUGAUCAGAUCAUUCUUGUUUUUUAGUUUUAGUUCAUAUAUAAAGAAAACGAUUUGUACACGCCAUUUUACCUAGGGGUGGGCACGGUUGGUUAACCGGAUUUUGGUUAACCAAUUUUCGGUUAACCGAGAUAUCGGUUACUAAAUUUUCAAUAUCACUAUCCGUACCAUAAUAUUGGUUAACCGUAUAUCGGUUAACCAAAUAUUCGGUUAACCACUAACGGUUAACCAAUAAACCAUAAAACAAUUAACAAUAAAGGGAAAUAUACUUCAUGAACAAAAACUCGUAAUACUGGUGGGCUCAAUACUCGUCACCCAUGCAAUAACCUUGCAAGUAAUGGUGUAGUUGAUUCCAUUUGAAGCAC